AUGUCCGUCUACAAGACCGUUACAAAAGCAGUCCUGUCCAUCGAACAAGACGAAGGCGUCGGUGCCCGCGUCCGCCGCUCCAUCGGGAGCGGAAGUCUGCGCAACCUCGACCCUUUCCUGAUGCUCGACGAGUUCAAAUCCACGAAUGGCGCCGGGUUCCCCAAUCACCCACACCGUGGCUUCGAGACCGUAUCCUACAUGCUCAACGGAAAAAUGCAACACGAGGACUUUGCCGGGCAUAAAGGAACUAUCGGGCCCGGCGAUUUGCAGUGGAUGACCGCUGGGCGGGGCAUCUUGCAUUCGGAGAUGCCCGCAUCGGAUGGGGGACACGGGUUGCAGCUGUGGGUGAAUCUUCCCGCGAAGGAUAAGAUGAUGCCGCCGAGAUACCAGGAGCUGUUGGACAAGGAGGUGCCGCGGGUGACGUCGGAGGAUGGUGGAGCGACCGUCAAAGUCAUCGCCGGCAAAUCGUACGGCGUCGAUGCGGCUGUUCGUACGCAUACCCCCAUUGUCUACCUCGACGUGCGCGUGCAGAAGGACAAAGUGUUUGAGCAAGAGAUUCCUGAGAAUUGGACUUCGUUCAUUUACACCCUUUCUGGCGACGUUGCCGUCGGAGAUGGAGAUAAGGCACGAGUUGUUGAGCCACAUACCACCGCCGUUUUGAGUGGUGAAGGCGACAAGCUGAUUGUCCGCGCCGUCGAAGAUGCCCACUUUGUCGUGAUAGGAGGGCAGAAGAUCAACGAACCCAUCUACCAACAUGGCCCCUUCGUUAUGAACACCCGAGAAGAAAUCAUGCAGGCGUUCCUAGACUUCCAGAUGGGCCAGAACGGUUUCGAGGGUGCACACGAAUGGAAGAGCACCAUCUGA